GGCCGGCCGGCGAGCCCGGGACGCCCGAGCCUGCCCCGAGCCUCAGCGGAGCGGAGCGGCCUCGGCGCUCCGGAGUCCCGCUUGGUCCCUGCUGCACCCCGCCGCCUCGGAGCCCGGUGGACGGCGGCUCCCGCGGCGGCCCCGGCAUGACUCGGCGGCGCUCCGCUCCGGCGUCCUGGCUGCUCCUGUCGCUGCUGGGUGUUGCGGUGUCCCUGGAAGUGUCUGAGAGCCCCGGCAGUGUCCAGGUGGCCCGGGGCCAGACAGCCGUCCUGCCGUGCGCCUUCUCUACCAGUGCUGCUCUCAUUAACCUCAAUGUCAUUUGGAUGGUCAUUCCGCUCUCGAAUGCAAACCAGCCUGAACAGGUCAUUCUCUAUCAGGGUGGACAGAUGUUUGACGGUGCCCCCAGGUUCCAGGGGAGGGUAGGAUUUACAGGCACCAUGCCUGCUACCAAUGUCUCCAUCUUCAUCAAUAACACUCAGCUGUCAGAUACGGGCACCUACCAGUGCUUGGUGAACAACCUUCCAGACAGAGGGGGCAGGAACAUUGGGGUUGCUGGCCUCACAGUGUUAGUUCCCCCUUCUGCUCCACUCUGCCAAAUCCAAGGAUCCCAGGACAUCGGCAGUGACGUCAUCCUUCUGUGUAGUUCAGAGGAAGGCAUCCCUCGGCCCACUUAUCUUUGGGAGAAGUUAGAUAAUACGCUCAAGCUACCUCCAACGGCCACUCAGGACCAGGUCCAGGGAACAGUCACCAUCCGGAAUAUCAGUGCCCUGUCUUCGGGUCUGUACCAGUGUGUGGCUUCUAAUGCCAUCGGGACGAGCACCUGUCUCCUGGAUCUCCAGGUUAUCUCACCCCAGCCCCGAAGUGUUGGAGUAAUAGCUGGAGCUGUUGGUACCGGUGUGGUUCUUGUCAUUAUUUGUAUUGCACUGAUUUCAGGGGCAUUCUUUUACUGGAGAAGCAAAAAUAAAGAGGAGGAGGAGGAAGAGAUUCCUAAUGAAAUCAGAGAGGAUGAUCUUCCACCUAAAUGCUCUUCUGCCAAAGCAUUUCACACAGAGAUAUCCUCCUCAGAAAAUAACACGUUGACCUCUUCCAAUACCUACAACAGUCGAUACUGGAACAACAAUCCCAAAACCCACAGAAACACAGAGUCCUUCAACCACUUCAGUGACUUAGGCCAGUCUUUCUCUGGCAAUGCCGUUAUCCCAUCCAUCUAUGCAAAUGGGAACCAUCUGGUCUCUGGCCCUCAUAAGACUCUGGUAGUGACAACCAACCGGGGGUCAUCACCCCAGGUCAUGCCCAGGAACAAUGGUUCAGUCAGCAGGAAACCCUGGCCUCAGCACACACACUCCUAUACCGUCAGCCAAGUGACCCUGGAGCGCAUUGGGGCAGUACCAGUCAUGGUGCCUGCCCAGAGUCGGGCAGGAUCCCUGGUGUAGGAUGUUUGAGGAUGCCGUGUCCAGAAGAGAAUAAAUGGAAUGCCUCCCGACAAGGGGGAGAGCAGGGGUGGGUGAGUGCUGGAAAGAUAGACUUUUGUUAUGAUUACAUUAGUAAAAAGCACCAAGAGGGCGGUGCUAUGGCCUGGCCACUGCAAUGUGUGACGUGGCCUGGAAUAUUCCGUCAUGAAGACUCAAGAAGAUUGUUUGCCCACCACGGUUGUCCUGGGAUUCAGUUAAAAAAUGCUGUAUCUCAAAUGAUGUGCCAAGCCAAGGAGAUUUCUAGAAGCAGAAUAGCACGUAAGAACCCAAACCGUGGUCCAGGUGGGCCUGUUCUUUAAUUCUUGCCUAACUUAAUAAUUUUCAACAGACUUUAAGUGCCAGGUGGAAUUUAAAUAAUGAAAUUACUUUUUAAAAUAGGUGUCUUUACAAAACAAACAAACAAACAAACAAACAGAGCAAGCUUGUGUCCUGUUCUGCCUCUCCCUCCUCCCUUUAAUGGUGAGGGCUUAAUGGUACUAGCGAUGCAUUCCUACUGGGCUGGCUCUUUAUCAUAGAGGCGAAACUUUGUACGGAACACAAUUUGGCUAGAAAUGGGGAGAAAUAAGGAAACGUCUUGUGAACACCCUACACACUUAUUUAUUUACCUCUUCCUGAACCAUGAACUUCCAUAUCUGGGAUUUUGCUAUAUUGACAGAUUCAUGUCUGUGUUACUCUGGGAUCUCUUACAGGUCCAUGGCAAUUACUGUUCAUGAUUUCCUGAAAAGAAUAUUUUUUUAAAAGAAAACUAUUUUUGUUUAAAUACAGUGGACUAGGAAAGCAUGAACUUAACACCUUGUCCAGUGAUUGUACUCAGUGACUGGGCAGAAAGCCUUCACCGUUCAGGGGAUCAAGUAGGCUGUCCAGAAAACAGAUCGGAGGCAGGUGGGAGGGGCCUUUGCCUUGCAAGCAGGACCCCAAAGAAGCAAGGUUGUUGUGUAAGGCAACCCUGCUGUCACACAGGUCACUUUUAAUGAGGGCAGGGCCUGAUGUCUUUUGUACUGAGGAGGAUAAUUCCUUCUUGUUUGACAAGUAGAGGUUAGUAGGUUGUUACAGAAAGGGCAGGAGUUGUUUUGGUUUUGUUUCUUUCAAAAGAAUUCUUUUUUGCAAAAGAAUAAUAAGGGUUAGACAAAUGGGAGGUCUUCCAGAUCUUCCAGUGUGCUCUUGGGGAUUUGCUUAGCAUCUGAAAAUGUGGGUGUGCAGUUUUGCCGAGAUGCAUUGCAUACCAGUGUAAAAAGACACCUCCCCCCCCCUUUUUUUUUGGCUAAUUACUUGGCUUGGCUAGCCUUGCAAUUCACCAGAUUCAUUUACAGACUUUCUGCUCUAGAUUGUGCUGUGUGUAUGUGGCUGUACUUGUAUCGUUGACUAUCUUGCCUUAAUCACACUUUAGGGCAACUCGUGAUGGUGAUUUCUUUCAAGAUUUGUUUUUCAAGUUGUUUGUACUGAGCCCACAAUUUUCAAAGCACCUUUUUUUCCCCCUUACAUUCCCUCUGUCCCUCUUCCAGCAAUCUUCUUGCCUUCCUUGCCUGUGGGCAUGGUCUUCACAGGGAGUGGCCUCUUGGCUUCAGUUAUUGCAGGGAAUGGAAACCAACAGUGAUUGCCUAUACUGUUUUUCCAAGAGGGCCACACUCAGAACUUCACUGCUGUGACCAUUUCAAUGUUGAUAAGAUGAAUUUACCAUAGUGUUACUUUUUUUUAUUUGAUGGUUAUUGACUUUGUACAAAUUUAAAUAAAUGAAUGUCUAUACUUUUUAAAGAAAAGUGAAAAUACCAUGCCACAGAAGAGAUAAUACUAUCAGAUGCUGUUUAGAAAGCAUUUAUCUUGCAUUUCUUUAUUCUUUCUAAUUGCCUAAAAUUCAAUAAAAGUUUAUUCAUAUAAA